CAGGCGGCGGCGGCCCGUCGGGCGCGCACUCUCGGGAUGGAGGGCGAGCACCGGGCAUCUCAGGCGCGCUCCUCGGAACUCGCGUCCGGGGGCGCGAGCGGGGAGAGCCCGGGGGGCGGCGCCCCCUUCGCAGGCAGCAGCGGAUCCUCCACCUUGCUGCAGGCCGACGUGCUCGAUUUGGACGAGGACGAGGACGACCUGGAGGUGUUCAGUAAGGAUGCCUCAUUAAUGGACAUGAACUCCUUCAGCCCUAUGAUGCCAACAUCCCCUCUCUCAAUGAUAAACCAAAUCAAGUUUGAAGAUGAAGCAGAUUUAAAGGAUCUCUUCAUUACAGUUGAUGCACCUGAAAGCCAUGUUACCACCAUUGAAACUUUCAUUACCUACAGGAUUAUAACUAAGACAUCUCGUGGGGAAUUUGACUCCAGUGAAUUUGAAGUUAGGAGACGUUAUCAAGAUUUCCUUUGGUUGAAGGGAAAACUUGAAGAAGUACACCCCACUCUGAUUAUUCCACCAUUGCCAGAAAAGUUCAUAGUGAAAGGAAUGGUGGACCGCUUUAACGAUGACUUCAUUGAGACCCGUAGGAAGGCAUUGCAUAAAUUUUUGAAUAGAAUUGCUGAUCAUCCAACUUUAACAUUUAAUGAAGACUUCAAGAUUUUUCUCACUGCACAAGCUUGGGAACUCUCUUCUCAUAAGAAGCAAGGGCCUGGAUUGCUGAGCAGAAUGGGCCAAACGGUUAGAGCUGUUGCAUCCUCCAUGAGAGGAGUUAAAAACCGCCCAGAUGAAUUCAUGGAAAUGAAUAACUUUAUUGAAAUAUUUAGCCAGAAAAUUAACUUAAUAGAUAAAAUAUCUCAGAGGAUUUACAAGGAAGAAAGGGAUUAUUUUGAUGAGAUGAAGGAAUAUGGCCCAAUUCAUAUUCUGUGGUCGGCUUCAGAAGAAGAUCUGGUUGAUACCCUGAGAGGUGUUGCCAGCUGCAUUGACAAAUGUUGUAAAGCCACUGAAAAGCGCAUGUCUGGACUCUCUGAGGCUUUGCUUCCUGUCGUACACGAAUAUGUGCUUUAUAGUGAGAUGUUAAUGGGUGUUAUGAAGAGAAGAGACCAAAUACAAGCAGAACUGGAUUCCAAAGUUGAAGCUUUGACCUAUAAAAAGGGAGAUACUGAUCUGCUUACAGAAGAGAUUGGAAAACUUGAAGAUAAAGUAGAAUGUGCUAAUAAUGCCCUGAAAGCAGAUUGGGAAAGAUGGAAACUAAAUAUGCAAAAUGAUAUCAAGUCAGCAUUUACAGAUAUGGCUGAGGAGAAUAUCCACUAUUAUGAACAGUGCCUUGCUACAUGGGAGUCAUUCCUUACAUCACAGACUGACCUCCACUUGGAAGAAGACUCUGAAGAUAAACUAUAAUCCCAUAGAGAACUUCCAUUUGAUCUUUGGGAGACAACAUCUAUCAACCAAAGUUAUUCUUUAAGGAUUGGCUAUGUCCUGUAUCAAGUGGAUGAAAAAUGUUCACACUAUCUGGAAAACCAACGACUUGAAAACUCAGGUAUUCCAGGCCAUUGACAUGAAUUGGAUGUAUAUAUAUGGAAAUCUAUCUAUAUAGGUAUAUGGAUUUAUCUAUAUAUCUAUGUUGAGAGAGAUAGUUUUAGCUUAAUUUUAAUUAUGUUCUUAAAUUUAUGUGCCAAUAAUUGCAUAUAGAGAUUUUUUUCUUAAAUAUUUGACUGUGGAAUAUGUCAUUUUAAAUAUGUUGUAAAGACUCAGUUUUAAUAAAAGGUUUAAUAUGAAAUGACUGGCUGUGUUCUUUUUCAACUGGUAGCUCAUACCUCUAAAAUGGAUUCUAAUAUGAAUUCAAUUAUGUUAACAGGUAUGCUGUGCAUUCACUUUAAUUAUAAUUUUUUCUCAUACUAUUUACUUUUAUAUUAAGAAUUUGAAGUAAAUAUCAAAAAUUGCUUAACAUGAAAAGUGAAUAAUAGCUGUUAAAAUAAAUGAUUUGUUACAAGUUAAGUACUUUUUUCUAUAGUUAAAAAAAAAAUAGUGUCCAAAAAAUAAAUUUCAGUUAUUAUUUAAAGUUAGAAACCUUGAUAUAGUCUUAUUCCUGCCCAUACAUAUAUUCUUUUUCUUUUGGUAUAUUUUAUAUACUCUUCACAAUUAGCCUUGAUUUUUUAAGGUAUACAGGGUUUAUCAGGAUUAUUAUCCCAUUCAUUUAUUAAGGGUCUCUCCUUUGCAAGGUGUUAUAGGUACUUGUGAUUCAGAGUGAUGAGAAAGAACCACUUUACUCUCAGGUCUUAGGUUCUGGGAUAUUGAUUAUACAGAGUGAUUUCAUGUUAACUUUGUGGGUGUAGAUUUUCAUUUUUCUUGAACCUAUACCCAAGUGAAAUUUCUGGGUCAUGUCAUAACUAAAUUUAACCAUUUCAGAAGUUGCCAGACUAUUUUCCAAAUUGGCUGCACCAUCUUACAUCCUCCCAGCAGUGUAUGAGAAUUUCAGUUUCUUCACAACCUCAGCGAUACUUGAUAGUAUCAGAUUUCUUCUGACUGUAGCCAUCCUAGUGGUAUGAAGAGGUACCUCAUUAUUGUUUUGAUUUGCAUUUUCACAAUGUAUUUUUCAUGUGUUUAUUGGCCAUAUGUAAAUAUUCUUCAGGAAAAUGUCCUUUCAUAUAUUCUGCCACUUUAAAAAUUAGAUUUUUUUUGUCUUUUUACUGCUGAGUUGUAAGUCUUCUUUAUAUAUUCCAGAUAUAAGUCCCUAUCAGAGUGUGAUUUUCAUUUACUUGAUUAUGCCCUUUAAACUAAAGAAGCUUUUAAUUUUGAUGAAAUCAAAGGUAACUAUUUUUUCUUUUUUGCUUCUACUUUUUGAGUCCUAUCUGAGAAGCCAUUGCCAAGUCCAUGGUUAUACAGAUUUUUACUCUUAUGUUUCCAUGUAUGAGUUGAACUCUUAGAUUUAGAACUUUGUUCCAUUUUGUGUUAACUUUUGCAUAUGGUGUGAGGAAAGGUGCCAGUUUCAUUCCUUACAUGUGGUAUGCCUUUGUCUUAGCUCAGUUUGUUGAAAGAAACUUAGAAUUUUCACAUGUCUACAGGGAUUGUCUUUCUGUUGUGCUAGUAGUGGAAUCCCUGGCAUAACUUUCUUGUACUUAUUGUUCUGAUGUGUGUUCUGUGUGGUUGUUGUAAUUUGUAAGUGUGGUUACUGGAUACCUCAUCAUAAACAGCUUUUAAGUAACAAUAGCACUGUAGACUUUUACUUAAGUCCACCCUAAUGUUUACGUGUACUUUUCA